AACCAAAGCUUUGUACUUGUGCUCACCGUCUACUCAUACUACUUAAACAUCAAGAUCAAGCACUGAUCUGGUUCAUUCAUAGUUCCAUAGCCUACUUGAGUAAAAUGUCUGCUGGAACUUUCACAGCUCUGGUUGCUGGGGCUGGCUUUGUUGGCUUGAAAUCCAACUCGUCAAAUCUUUACCCUGUUACAGGGUUCAAUGAAUGGAAAAGCAAGACUACAUCCAAUGGUUCUAAAACUCUCUGCAUGAAGACAUGGAAUCCCAUCAAUAAUAGGAAGUUUGAAACACUAUCCUACCUCCCACCCCUUACAGAUGAGUCCAUUGCAAAGGAGGUUGACUACAUGCUCAAAAAGGGAUGGAUCCCUUGCCUUGAAUUUGAUGAGUUGGGGCAUAUUCGUAGAGAAAAUAGCAGGAUGCCAGGGUACUAUGAUGGUAGGUAUUGGACAUUGUGGAAGCUACCCAUGUUUGGUUGCAAUGACUCAUCUCAAGUUCUGAACGAGAUCCAGGAAUGCAAAAGGGCUUAUCCAAAUGCAUAUAUACGCUGCAUUGCAUUUGACAACCACCGCCACAUGCAAUCCAUGGCUUUCAUCAUUCAGAAACCAGCAGCCAAUACCACUACCACUUGACUCGUUUUACUCUUGUUUCUCUACAAAUCCUUGUUAAAAUUCUCAAUCUUUUCUUUUUUUCUGAAAUAUGUAGUGUGGUUCACAGUUUACGAAUGAAUAAGACGGUUUUGGAAUA